CGAGAAAAGAAAAGAAAAAAUUCCGACAAAAUUUAAGGUUCGAUAAAAGGCAUCAAAAUUUUACCCUCAUUUUCCCAAUUGAAAAUGCUGAACAUGGAAUCGCCACAGAUGUACGCCGAUGCCGUGCAAACGUUGGCGCAGCUGGAUCUAAAGAAACAGCCGCCACCACAGCAGGCAACCAUUGGCCAGAUCACACUAACGGCGAUGUCCAGUAACCAGCAGCAACAGCAGCAACAGCAACAGCAGCAGCAGCAGCAACAAAUACCGCAGCAACAACAACUACCGCAGCAGCAACAGCAGCAGCAACAGACAACGGAUGCAAAUAAUAAUAAUUCAAGCCAGGAUACGGCUGCAUUGUUGGCCAAACAACAGGCUGCUGCUAUGCAUCAUAUGCAACAGCAACAGACCAAUAACAAUAACAACAACACAAGUAAUAAUAAUAAUAACAACAACAACAAUAUGAAUUUGCUACAAAAACAAAUGCUACAACAAUAUACAACACAAACGGAUCUCGACGAAUUGACCACACAAGAGAUUACAUUGGAUUUACAACAUCUGAUUGACGAUCAAUUCCGUGAUACCGAAACAUUGGGAAUAUUCAGUGAUAUGGUAACCAGUCCAGGUGGCUUAUCGGCCACGUUGCCGCCCAGUGGCAUGGUAUCGGCAGCAGCCAAAGUGCUGCAACAACAAACACUGCGCAAUCAGCAACAUGCCUACGGCCGGGGCGGUGCACUGGCCUAUAUGCCACAGCCAGUCCAUGCCACAUACAAUAAUUCCAGCGAUGAGAACAGCUCGGUGGGCUCCGAUUCCAGUACCAUCAAGGAGGAGCCCAUAGAUCCUGAAUAUCGGCGACAUUUGCAGGAGGCCAGCCAACAGGCAUCGUUCAUGACAAAUGCCAAUGGCCUCUACAAUGGCUAUUCGAAUGCCAGCAGCAACACCAACGGCUCCUCGAUGUCUACGAACAACAGCAACAACAGCAAUGGCCAGCAAAAUGGCGGAAACUCCCAUGUAAAUGGCAGCCAAUUCACCAAUCUAACCACUGCCAAUGUACUGGCCCAUCACAAUCUGCCCCAUUUGGCCGCCGCUGCCGGGGCCCAGCAUUUGCUCAAGCAUCACAGUAAAUUGCAACAGCAACAGGCGGCCCAGCAGCAACAUCAUCGAAAGCAUAGCAACAAGCAUGUGGAUAAGGGCACCGAGGAAUAUCGCCGGAGACGGGAACGUAACAACAUUGCCGUGCGCAAGAGCCGUGAGAAGGCCAAAGUCCGUUCCCGGGAGGUUGAGGAGCGGGUCAAAUCCUUGCUGAAAGAGAAAGAUGCCCUCAUUCGGCAACUGAGCGAAAUGACCAAUGAAUUGCAGGUGCACAAACAAAUCUACAUGCAGCUAAUGAAUCAUGCCAAUCCCGAAGUGAGUCGUGUGUGUCGCAGUUUCCUCAAUACCAACGAGCAUGCGCUGUAGCUGUGAUUGAUAAUAGAUACCGAUACCUGCUGAAUGGAUUCCUAUGAAGAUUCCUGCAAUAAUCAAAGAUUCAAAAUGCAAAAACUGCUGUGUGGGUAGCUCAUAAGCUCUUCUCUUCUCUAUCGUCAUAAUCAUUAUCCUCUUCAGCUGAUGUUCAUAUCUCUUCAUUUUCUUCCUAAUAAUUCCUUUGUACAUUUCUCUCUCUCUCCCUAUCGUUAUCUAUCUCUCUU